GCCGAGCACCCAGGACCCCGCCUCCGCACACCUGCCAGUCCCCGCGCGGCCUCAGGGCCCCGAGUGUUUGGCAAGAGAUGAGAGGCUGUGGCCGCCGGAUCGGAAGGAGAUCAACGUCCCCCAGCCUCCGCUGCCGCCCCAGUACCUCGGGCCUUUCCUGCUACCGCUGCCUCCGAGACUGAGGGCUGAGGGCCGGCUGACGAGGAGAACAGGAUCCCGCGCCCAACCCAGGAUCCCUGCCUUCCUUCGGCGGUCAGGCCUGGACCCCGCUGAGCCUCAGAUAUGCGGGCGGGGCGGGAGCUCCAGGGGAGCCCCCCACCCCCCUGUGAAGCCCGCUCAGCAGGAAACCGCGCCGGAGAUGGUUCCUUCCUUCCCUCCUGAGGGGAACCCCCCCCGCACAGAGGGACCAUUGAGGGGCCGGCAUUGUCUGCCAGACGCACCCAGGGCCUCUCUCCCUGGGUGGGCCCUGCAGGAUUCUGGCCAGGAUCCCCUUGUACCCAGCUUGCAGCGGGUCCGGGUUGGGUCCUGGCAAGCAAGGCUUCCCUGGGUGCAGACAGCUAGGCCCCCACCUGCCUUCGGCCUUCCUACCCCUGCUCUGAUUUGGAGGCCAUAAGGCCCCAUUGUCCCAGCACUGGCGGGGGCGGCCUUUCAAUUCUUCCUUGUCUUUGGCAGUUGGGAAAUUCCCAGCCUUGGGGGGCAGCUGGGGAUGGCAGGGGUGUGGGGGGUGGCAUCCCAGGUAUCCUACACCCCAAAGGGAGGGACUCCAUGGGGUUGACUCCUGGGGAUCCCCGACUGCCUGGAGCGUUCCAGGGGCUGAACCUCAUCCCUGGGAGCAGCGGGGUGAGGGCGGCCAGAGAGAUUCAGUGCUCCCUGGCCCUGUGUACCUUGGAGUACUCCCAGCUUAAGAAGGCCCAUCUUUCUGGCCCCACCCAUGGGCAGCGGCAGCCACGAGGCCUGGGACUCUUAGAUAGGCAGAGCUAGGGAAGGGACCCAGGCUCCUGCUUCCAGACUAAGCUUGUGGGUCCCAGUGUGAAGUGGGCUGUCACCAGCCGGUGGAGACCUCCACGAGGCCCAUCCACCUCUCAGAUGGCCCACCCCACUCCAAACAGUUGCUCAGGCUACUGAUGUGGUGGCAGCCUUGGUAUUUUUAACCCAUCAGCAGGGUGGGGAAACAGCUGGGAAGAGAGACAAGCUCUGAGAGCCAGAGGGCUUAGGAGGGCAGGAUCUAGGGAGACCCUGUGGAGAGGAGCCAGUGGGCAGCUCAGGUCCAGGCCCCCCACAACAGGUGGGUGGAGGCCAAGAUUCGAGGUGCAGAAUGGGGAGGCGACCCAUGAGAUCUGGGACCUGUGACGCUGCAGGGGCUGCCAAGGCCUGGAAGAACACCUCACCAUGUUCCUGGGCAGCCCCACGGUUCCUUCUGAUGUCAGGCAAACCUCCUACUCCCCACCCACCCAGGGCCCCUCAUAUUAUCCCCCCACAGACCCCAUCCCAGACCCAGAAUGCCAGGCCAGCCAGGACGCUGGAGAACACAAGCCCUGACUCCAGCCACCUGUUCUGUGGCAUGGUAGGCCAGGUCCUAGCUGCCCUGGGAGUCAGGGAGAGGGCAGGAACAGGAUCGUAGCUUCUCGUGGUUGACUUCUGGGUUCAGGCUCACUCCCAAACAACUGAGCCCAAUCUUCCUGUCUAUUGCCCUGAAAAGAGAUCCUGGGGGCCCACAUCCCUGUCAUGGGGCUACGCAUUCCCCUAACCCCUCUUGGACACCCAGAGGGAAAGCCAGCCCCCACCACACAUCCAAGGAGGGCAUUGGGCCAGGUGGGGUACGUGUGCAGCUAUGUGACAGCGAGUGUGUCCAUACUUGCCAGCCACUUAGCUCCUCGGUUAAUAACGGUGAUGGACACCAGGGCCCAAGCGGGCAUGGAUCACUUUUUCUCCGUCUUGGUUUCUCCCCUUGCAUGAAAUAAGCCCCACAGGUGAUCUUACUUAGGAGAAAAAUCAGUUUGAUGUCCCUUCCCAUCGACUCUGCUUUCCAAACUCAUUGUGGGUGGAGAGAGUCAAGGUCUGAGGGGCUGGUGCAGGGUCAAGUAGGGACUUGAUGCGUCCCUUGUCCAUCAGUCUCCCACCGCCCCCCUCCCCACCCCACCGCCCGACUCAGCAGGCCCAGGAGGGUGGAAGGGCUUCCUGCAGGUGUUCUAUCUCCUCCCUCCCUGUACCUGUCCUCUGCCUGAUGAUAGCCACUGGGGGACCCAGAGGCCUGCAGAGAGGCUUGAACCUGGGUGUUCUAGGCAUCUGGGGCUUCACAGAGGAAGGGACACCGACGUGACACCAGGAAAGUUGGAUACUGAAUGGGAAAGAAGAGAGUCUAGCAGCAGAGAUGCAGGACCGCCUAUCAGGAGGGGGUCUCUGGAUGGGCCUCCAUCCUGCCGUGCAGACGUGAAACGUGUGGGCCUCUGCCAUCUGCUGACUGCCUGCCUGGCCCUCUCCUCCCGCCCCAACUGCUGCCAUCCCAGCCCCUGCCAGCCAGGUGGUGGCAGCACGAAGCGGCUCAAGUGGUGAGGAAGGCCUGGGGCGGAACAGGGGGCCCAUCAGACCUCCACCCGAGAACCUCUUGCCCGGCCCUCCAACCCUCCCAUCCCAGCUGAGCCCCUCACUACCCGCCUCCAGCUCUCCAGCUGUGUCGGGACAGGCCCUGGGUCCACAGCCACCACCGAGGCCUGACUCCCUCCGGCCGCUCUCACUUCCAGGACUGGCUUGUUUUGCUCAUCGCACAGGGCGUCCUCUGAAAUGACUGCACUGAUCUGAGUCCUUGUUGGCAUUCUGCCCCCUCCUGCAUGGGGACCUUGUCUGUGUCCCCCUGUGUCCCAGGCUGGCGUGGGAUCCUGGGGCAGAGUCCAGGGCGGCUCAAGGCUCCUCCACACGCGCCCGCUGAACCCGGAGCACCCUGAGCCGCCAGGAUGGGGCGGGCCGGGGCGGCCGCCAUGAUCCUGGGCCUGGCCCUGCUCUGGGCGGCAGUGCUGGGGGAUGCUAGCCCCAGCCCCCCACGCCUUCGGCUCUCCUUCCAAGAGCUCCAGGCCCGGCACGGUCUCCGGACCUUCAGGCUAGAGAGGACCUGCUGUUACGAAGCUUUGCUGGUGGAUGAGGAAAGAGGACGCCUGUUUGUGGGCGCCGAGAACCAUGUGGCCUCCCUCAGCCUGGACAAUAUCAGCAAGCGGGCCAAGAAGCUGGCCUGGCCGGCCCCCGUGGAAUGGCGAGAGGAGUGCAACUGGGCGGGGAAGGACAUUGGUACUGAGUGCAUGAACUUCGUGAAGUUGCUGCACGCCUACAACCGCACCCACUUGCUGGCCUGUGGCACAGGGGCCUUCCACCCAACCUGUGCAUUUGUGGAGGUGGGCCACCGGCUGGAGGAGCCCAUACUCCGGCUGGACCUUCGAAGGCUAGAGGACGGCAAGGGCAAGAGUCCUUAUGACCCGAGGCAUCGGGCUGCCUCCGUGCUGGUGGGAGAAGAACUGUACUCAGGGGUGGCUGCAGACCUCAUGGGCCGGGACUUCACCAUCUUCCGCAGCCUGGGCCAGCGUCCAAGUCUCCGGACAGAACCACACGACUCCCGCUGGCUCAACGAGCCCAAGUUUGUCAAGGUCUUUUGGAUCCCGGAGAGCGAGAAUCCCGACGAUGACAAGGUCUACUUCUUCUUCCGGGAGUCGGCAGUGGAGGCUGCACCAGCGCUGGGACGCCUGUCUGUGUCCCGUGUUGGCCAGAUCUGUCGGAAUGACGUGGGCGGCCAGCGCAGCCUGGUCAACAAGUGGACCACGUUCCUGAAGGCGCGUCUGGUGUGCUCUGUGCCAGGUGUCGAGGGUGACACGCACUUCGACCAGCUCCAGGAUGUGUUCCUGCUGUCCUUGAGGGACCGCUGGAGCCCGCUGCUCUAUGCCGCCUUCUCCACAUCCAGCACCGUCUUGCAAGGCUCUGCAGUGUGCGUGUACAGCAUGAACGAUGUGCGCCGUGCCUUCCUGGGGCCCUUUGCACACAAGGAAGGGCCCCUGCACCAGUGGGUGUCCUAUCAGGGCCGUGUCCCCUACCCCCGGCCAGGCAUGUGCCCCAGCAAGACCUUUGGCACCUUCAGUUCCACCAAGGACUUUCCUGAUGACGUCAUUCAGUUUGCCCGGAAGCACCCCCUCAUGUACAAUUCGGUCCUGCCUGUGGGUGGGCGCCCUCUCUUCCUACAAGUGGGUGCCGGGUACACCUUCACCCGGAUCACUGCAGACCAUGUGGCAGCUGCUGACGGACACUACGACGUCCUCUUCAUUGGCACAGAUGUUGGCACAGUGCUGAAGGUGAUCUCGGUCCCCAAGGGCAGCCGGCCUAACGGGGAGGGCCUGCUCUUGGAGGAGCUGCACGUGUUUGAGGACUCAGCUGCUAUCACCAGCAUGCAAAUCUCUUCCAAGAGACACCAGCUGUACGUAGCCUCGCGGAGCGCGGUGGCCCAGAUCCCCUUGCACCGCUGUGCUGCCCACGGCCGCGCCUGCGCCGAAUGCUGCCUGGCACGUGACCCUUACUGCGCCUGGGACGGGGCCGCGUGCACGCGCUUCCAGCCCAGCGCUAAAAGGCGGUUUCGGCGGCAAGACGUGAAGAACGGCGACCCCAGUACGCUGUGCUCAGGGGACUCGUCCCGUCCCACACUGCUGGAGCGGAAGGUGUUCGGUGUGGAAGGCGGCAGCGCCCUCCUGGAGUGUGAGCCCCGCUCGCUGCAGGCACGAGUGGAAUGGACCUUCCAGCGCGCAGGGGAGGCGGCGCGCACCCAGGUGGCUGUGGAGGAGCGCGCCGAGCGCCUGCCGCGGGGGCUGCUGCUGCGCGGGCUGCGGCGCGGGGACUCAGGCGUGUACCUGUGCGCCGCUGUGGAGCAGGGCUUUUCGCAGCCGCUGCGUCGCCUGGCGCUGCACGUGCUGGGCGCCGCGCAGGCCGAAAGGCUGGCCCGGGCCGAGGAGGCUGCGCCCGUCGCCCCUCCGGGCCCCAAGCUCUGGUACCGGGACUUCCUGCAGCUGGUGGAGCCGGGCGGCGGUGGCGCUAGUUCCCUGCGAAUGUGUCGUCUGCCGCCCGAGUCUCGCCCACCGCCUCCCGAGUCGCGGAGGAAGGGCCGAAACCGCCGAAGGCACGCCCCCGAGCCGCGCGCUGAGCGGGGGCCGCGCAGCGCCGCGCGCUGGUGACUCGGCCUCCACGCUGGGCACAGGGAAGGAGACUCCAGGCGGGAGCGGGAGGACGGAUCCUGGGGGACGCACGGCUAGGGGGCCCGGCACCCUGGUCCCUGGCCGAUGGAGACACCGACCCACCGACCGACAGGCCCUGGCCGCGGGGCUGCCUCGCCGGCUUAUUUAUUAACAGAGGAUAACCCUUGAAUGUAGCGCUGGGAGGGGCGGCCCGGGCCGGGCACAGGGUCCUGCUGAUCCUGAGGAGGCAGAGAAGCAGGGCUCCAGAGCAACGACCUGGGCGGAGGAGGUGCCCGGAGUGCCCACCCCGGGGGAAGGCCCUCCUCCCUGGGCAAUGAGCAGAAAGCUGUGAACAGGCUGAGCGGUGGGGGGUGGGGUGGGUCAGGCCGAUUGUACUAAUGCAAUAAAUACAUUAUCAGCCGAAGCUGGAACGGCUCCAGCGCACAACCCCGGGUGCCAGGUCUUGCUGUGUGGCCUUGGGCAACUUCCUCGUGGUCUCAAGACCUCAGUUUCUGCUGAGGAUGCUGUGGGGAGGACUAAAGAUGGUUUUCAUGUGACCGAGUGGAUUCUGUGGGGCCUUUUGGGGUCCUACUGACAUACACAGUGUAUUCUGAAUAAUAGGAUUUCUUGGCUGAGUGCUAUGAAGAAAAUGAAAUUUGGUGAUAUGUAAAAUAACGUGAGAUAGCAUCAAUGAGGGGGUGACAUUUGAGCGAAAUGACAAGGAGCCAGCCAUGGGAGUAUCUGGGGGCAGAGCAUUCUAGGAAGGGACAGCCAGUGGAAAGGCCCUGAGACAGAAACAAGGUGGCUGUGUGUCAGGAACAUUAAGGAGGCCAGUGAUACAGUGAAGUGAUGGAUUUGGGAUGCUUAAGGAGGUAGAGCUCAUUGUCUUGCUUUGUCCCAGUUGGGAGGGAGGGCCUUAGGGGGUCCCAUAGCAGAGGGUGGGCCCUAAACCUAGCCACUUCCUCCCUUCAAGGGUAAGUGAUACCAUGCCUCCUCACACAUUGGUGACUUGUAUACCCUUGGAGAGGAGGAAGAAUCUAAACUGCAUUGUGCUAAGGGCUUCCGACAUGUGGCUGUAUUUCCAUUCUCAUGUGUCCCGUGCCAGGGAGGAACCAUUGUCAUUCCUGUUUUACAGAUGAGAAAAUGGAGGUCAGAGAGGGGGCAAUCCCUUACCCAAGCUUGUAAGCUUAUUAAUAGAAAUCCCAAUCUUCAAUCUAAGUUUGCCCACUGACCAACAUGAGUG